CAAAGCAUCAGCAGCGCAAAGGGGUCGGAGCAGCCGUGUGCAGGAUCGCCGCGGACACGCACAGCCGUUCCGAGCACAAAGGCGCGCGGAGACGGCGAGCCGACGGGGAGAGACGCGCUUUGAGCGAGCAGAGACGACAGGGCAAAUUCCAACCCUUCAGAAAGCUGUUUGGAAAGAGGAAGAAGAAGGCGCCUGACAGCAGCUUCGAGGAGGCCACGCUGAGAGGUGAUCAGCCCAAUGGAGACAUCUGCAACGGGCUCAGCUCCGAGGAAGAGGAGACCCAGCAGCAUCUGAGUGUUAUUGUCACAGAGGAAGCCGUCACAGGACAGACCAUGUCCCAGGACAACGUGUCCGAUAAAGUCAGGAACCUGCAGAAACAAAUCGCACAGAGCAUCAGGUUUGGGCCCAAGUCCGCACCCCUGAGGGAGAGUGAGGGGGCAGCAGGAAGCUCCGAUGAGGAAGAGGUGCCCAGAAGCCCCUUGCAGGUGCUGGCACAGGUGGAGGCGGAGCCAGCACAGUCUGAGGGUGAUGAGGGUGGAGUCAGUCAGCCAAUGCAGGCUGCUGCAGGCAGUGGAACACCUGUAAAGUCUCCCAGAUCCAGGAGAGCACUGCCCCCUGCUGGCACCAUCGAGUCUAUCAACCUGGAUGCCAUCCCUGCCUCUGUGUCCCGCCUGGACAACACUGCCGCCCGACACAAACUGUCCGUCAAGCCCAAGAACCAACGCGUCUCACGGAAGCACAGACGACUUACACAGGAUCUGCAGGACUUGUCUCUCCCUGAAGCUCUGCAGGAGGAGCCAGAAUCACAGGCAGACAGAGAAAAUGCAACGAGUCCCUGCAACCAGGAGGAGCCCUGGAGCCCUCAGCAGCCUGUGGACAAACUCCCCCAGGAAUCAAAGAAGCAGAGACUGCAGGAGGAGGAGCAGAGAAGACUGACAGAUCUGGAGGAGAAGAAACAGAGGGAAGAGGAGGAGAAAAAGAGACAGGAGGAGGAGAGGGAGAGACAGAUGAUGGAGGAAGAAGAGAGGGAGAGACAGAGAAGAGAGGAAGAAGAGAGGGAGAGGAAGAGGAGGGAAGAAGAAGAGAGGGAGAGACAGAGGAGAGAAGAGGAGGAGAGGGAGAGACAGAGGAGAGAAGCGGAGGAGAGGGAGAGACAGAGGAAGGAGGAAGAAGAGAGGGAGAGACAGAGGAAGGAGGAAGAAGAGAGGGAGAGGAAGAGGAGGGAAGAAGAAGAGAGGGAGAGACAAAGGAUUGAGGAGGAGGAGAGGGAGAGACAGAGGAAGGAGGAAGAAGAGAGGGAGAGACAGAGGAAGGAGGAGGAAGAAAGGGAGAGGAAGGGGAGGGAAGAAGACGAGAAGAGAAGGCAGGAAGUGGAGCAACAGAGGAUCUGGGAGCUGGAAGAAGAGAGACAGCAAGAGGAGGAAAAACAGCGUGACGAAGAGGAGAGAAAACAGCAAGAGAAAGAGGAAGAGGAGGAGAGAAGGAUGCAAGAGCAGGAGGAGCUGAAGAGAGAGGCAGAGAAGAGGAGGAAGCAGCAGGAGGAGCAGGAGAGAGAGGCUGAGAGGAGAGCAGGAGCAAAGGAGGGGACUGAUCCUGGGGAACAGCAGAGGCGAGCAGAGGAGCUUAGAUGGAGGGAGAUGGAGGAGAGACAGAGGCCCUUCAGCUUCAAAGUGUCAUCCGGAGAGAAGCAGAUUCUGUUCCAGAAGGUUAACCUGACACCUGUGACACCUUUAGGCCAGCAGGGUAGCGCUGCUUACACAAAGGAGCCCAAGGCCUCUGUGGCAGGAGGCGCAGACUCUCCAGCUCUCGCCUCCUCCCUGUAUGUCCCGCACACGGCCAUCCUGGUCACUGGAGCUCAGCUCUGCGGAGCAGCCGUCAACCUCAACCAGAUCAAAGACCCGGCCUGUAAGUCUCUGCUGGGAUUGGCUGAGGACAAGAAAGCCAUGGCCAUCCAGCCAAUCAAAAGCUCCACAAAGACCUCACCAGAGCGCAGGUCUGGCACAGGAAAAACAAAGUCUCUAAAUGAGCGCUCGGCCGAUCAGGCCAGCGCCGCUGUGCUAGCAGAGUGGGCCAGCAUACGCUCCAAGAUCUUCAAAGGAGCCGACGUGGGAAAGUUCCAGGAGAAGGACAGCUGGCAGCAGAGCCGACCCACAAGUGAAGAUCUGAACCAGAAACCCUUUUCACACACCAACCUCAGAAAGACCAUGUCCGCUAAUGCCAAGUUCUCCAUCACGCCAGCCCGGCGGAAAUUUCCAGAUGCUAACAGGCCAUCUGAGGGGCUGCUCUGGGGGGACCAGGUGGAGGUGCGGGCAGAGCUGCCCUCUCCCGGCUCUCAGCCCACAGGUGGGAAGGCCCAGAUUCGCAGUGCUAAGGCUGUCCGAAUCGCAGACGCAACAGAAGGAUGUGUGUUCGCCAAAGACCUCCCGUCCUUUCUGGUACCCAGCCCUCCCCCAGGGUCCCCCAAAGCUCGAUCUCUGUCCGAGGCCCUGACCCCAGCAGAAUCCGAGAGGUCCAGUCCGGAGAGCAGGGAGGACACGGAGCAGAAACAAACUGGUGAGGAGAAGCCGUCCCCGUUCGGUGUCAAACUGCGGAGGACCAACUACUCCCUGCGUUUCCACAGCGAGCCCACAGAGAAGAGGAAGAAGAGGUACAGUGCGGGGGACAGCUUUGACGGCGUGCCUGUGCCCCUCACCCCUGUAGAUCCCGACUCUGAUGCUUCUGUGUUCUCCGGCCCCGCCUCUCCUCUCCGGGACAGUGGUAGGAAACCCCCCCAGAGCACCCCGGCUAGAGCGCAGCCCACUGGGCCUCUGAUCCCAGCCUCCUGCAGCGACAGUGAGAAGCUGUCCUCCAGGCCCCCUCUGUAUCAGAAACCCUCCGUAGCUCCCAAACCCCCCACUGCCACCCCGCCCCCCUCUCCCCUCUCCAGGAUGGGUAGAGGAGGUCCCAGUGACUCAGCAGCAGAGAGGGGCCCGGGGGAGACGGAAGAGCACAGGGUGAAGAGCGCCCCCCAGGACCAGCACAGCCGGCAGGAGGAGGGGGAGAUCCGGGAGAAGAGAUCAUUCUUUCCCUCCAUCAACAUCCCCUGGCGAGAGAAAGGAGACAGGAGGGCUGAGCUCAGACGUGAGAAGCCCUCCUUGCAGAGCAGACACUCCCUGGAUAGUGCGCGGGUGCAGGAGAAGGAGACGGGGCCGUUGGGGCGGGGGCAAGAGAAGGAGGUGGGGCCGAUGUGGAUCACCCUGGCCCUGCAGAAACAGAAGGGGUUCCGGGACCAGCAACUGAGCCGAGAGGAACGCCGGCACAUGAGGGAGGUCAAGCUGGCCGAGAAACAGGCCAAAGAUCGAGAAAGUAGCAUGCUCACGAGCCCCACUGACACCCAGGGCAGCAGCACCAGCAGCGCUGCCCCAAAACUGCCCCCCCAGCAGCAGGCGAGACCAGACACGCUACUGGCCCGCUUCGAGCGCAGGGAGCAGCUGAGGAAGGCUAACACCCUCCCCAACUCCGUCACAGUUGAGAUCGCAGACUCCACCUCUCCUUCAGCGAAAGAGGUGACCAAGCGCUUCCCCGCCUCAGAUUCUGCGCAGGUGUCCACAGAGCCGGCCUGGCUCGCUCUGGCCAAGCGCAAAGCCAAAGCUUGGAGCGACUGCCCGCAGAUCAUCAAGUGACCUGCCCUGACCCCAUCCCCGUCCUGACAUCACAGAACCCUUCCUCAAUACAGUCUACACCCUCACAUUCACAUGGUUAUGUUUAGUUCUACACCUUCAUCCUGUGCACAGAGACUUCAGAAAGAGGAUAGACUUUACAUGUGACUAUCAGCUGAAGCAGGGAAAUCCUCUGGAUAUGGUGUCUGGUAUGUAACAAUGGCAGCUGUUGGACCACAGCCUAGGCAAGCAGAGAAUCCAGCUUUAAACUCAUAACACACCUGACCAUGUUUCUCAAGAUUAACAGCUUCCAGUUUCAGAAAGGAUCAUCCAUCCACAUCUGCAUUAUUUACAAAUGUCUGUGUUUAAAAUCCUUUCUUUUUCCAUCUUCUUCUCUUGUAAAAAUGUCCUCUGAAGAGUGUGGUAAGAAGCAGCAAUCAAUAUCACAAUGAACAUUAAAACUGACAGACUCUAUGAAGACAUCAAACCAUCAAUCCUCUAUAAAGAUAGCAAAGCAAAAGAUGAAUAUAUUCCUGAGUAUACAUACGCAAAUGUGUGCCUUCAUCAAGCCUGAAAGGGCUUUUUUGCAGUACCAUUUUAACAUACAUGAAAUAAAAUACCUUACCAUCACAUAAAAUCACAUAAAACCAUUCCAGUAAUGAUUACAUUCAAACUAGAUUUGAGUUAAAUAAAUCUCCAAUCUCUAUUUUAUAAUCAAAAUAAUAUAAUUCAAUCCAAGUUCCUUGCUAGAAUAAUGGUUUAUCGAUAGACGCACCAAGACAAUGCUGUCAUAGCACCAUCCACCACCAAGUGCUGGGUGAUCCAUCCUGGAAGCAUGUUAACUAUGACAUCACAGACACUCAGGACUUUGAUUGGUUUAAAGAUCAGUUCUCUGCUUCCCCUGGUUCUUGCUCGCUGUAUGCCACUUGUGUGGACAUGAUCUGUACAGUGUAUGGACGUUGUGUGUGGUAUAUGAUGUAUGGUGUAUCAUUUCUGCUGCAUGGCGUAGGGGUGUGGUCUGUUUUAUGUAUGGUGUAUGAAUGAUGUUUUGCACAUGAGGGAAUUAACUAAAGUCAUGCAGCCGAUCACAGCCGCCCUGGACCCACAGCACCAAUGUAAAUAAGGCAUGUCCAACAGUGUCAGAUCACUGGGAAAAACAGAGGAAAUGUGUAUUAACAGAAUAUAACAUGUGAUGCCUGCACUCCAUGACAUUAUUUUUUACUUUCAUUAUUAACACUUACUGUGAGAGCAGCAAUGUGUUAAGGGCUAGCAUAGCAAAUAACAUAGUAACAAUAAUAAUAUAUCCCUAUUAUUACCCUUCCAACACCACCCAAAAUACUCUGCGCAUGCAUAUGUGAAAUAAUACUGGAUACAAUGUCGGAUUUUUUUAAUCAAACUGAUCCUUUUUCUGUAUUUAUUUUGGGUGCUGUUCCAAGCAGCCCGUUUUAAAUGAGGUUUUGGUUAUUUAUUCAUGGCUGACUCUUGUGUAUAAGGUAUGAGUUGAAUUUUUUUUGGGUACUUUUGUUCCAGAGAUCCUGUAGCGUUCUUGGUGUCAGUGCUAACUAUGACUUGUGUUACUGUAGACGUUACUUUCUGAUCUGUCACGUGAAGCCAGCUGGAUUCUGCUGGCCAUCAGCUUCUUCUACACGGCUCAUGAUCGGGCAAACUCACAGCACAUGACCGCACUGCCCCACAGCCCUCUCUUCCUGUAGUGUCUGUAUCCUGCUGACCCGACCUGUCAUCACAUCACAUCACUCAACACUGUAAUGUACUGUAAAGAGGUGAUUUGACGGGACCAUUAAAGUUAUUUCAUUCUCAGUCCCAGAGCCCCUUUGCUAUGUUUGUUUUUAACUUCAGUAGUGUGCAAUAGUGUAGUGUAAACAGUGUUAUAUGUGACAAACAGUUGUUAAUAACUGCACUUUAUGUUCCACUUAAUCAUAGCGGGAUUCUUUC